GCGCCCGCCCCUCCCCCGCCGGGCCCGCCCCUCGCCGGGGCAGCAGCAAGCAGUCGCCAGCUCAACCGCUCGGGCUCUCGGACGCCGCUCAUUAGCAGCUCGCUGCCCGAUAGCUGCUGCCGGGCGCCGCAGCCCUCACGUCUGCUGCCCACCGCCCGGUUCAUCCAUGAGCUCAGAUUUCCCACAUUACAACUUCAGGAUGCCUAAUAUUGGAUUCCAGAAUCUGCCUCUCAACAUAUACAUUGUGGUUUUUGGCACUGCUGUAUUUGUCUUCAUCCUUAGUUUACUCUUCUGUUGCUACUUGAUUAGGCUAAGACAUCAAGCACACAAAGAAUUUUAUGCCUACAAGCAGGUUAUAUUAAAAGAAAAAGUUAAAGAACUGAAUUUACAUGAGCUCUGUGCUGUGUGUUUAGAAGACUUUAAGCCUCGAGAUGAACUGGGGAUUUGCCCGUGUAAGCAUGCCUUCCACAGAAAGUGCCUUGUUAAGUGGCUGGAAGUCCGGAAAGUGUGUCCCCUGUGCAACAUGCCGGUGCUGCAGCUGGCCCAGUUGCACAGUAAACAGGACCGUGGUCCCCCUCAAGAGCCCCUCCCUGGGGCAGAGAACAUUGUAUAGCUCACUGAAAGGAUCAGACUUGCUGGAUACAUCAGUGUGGAGCCAGGAGGAAUACAGCAGACUUUGUUUGGGCUGUUCGCUGCCUGGGGCACCCACUGUCACUUUUGCCUCAUGAAGAACUCUCGAGCCAGGCAAGCUGAGACCCUAGGCAUCUGGAUCUUGUGACAACCAAAGCACUCUGACAUCACCCUAGGCCAAGAGGAGUAGAUGAGCCUACAGGUUUGGUUUCAUAAAUUUUCUGAGCAUCUCUUGCUGUCUCCCAGGCACCUCCACAUCAACCAGAAGGGAAGAUAACACAGGUGUUAGAAAAAGAACUGAGACUGGGACUUUAAUGCCACACCCACCUGUGGACCUGUAAGCAGCUGUGCAGACCUCACCUGUCUCUGCCCUCUUGGCAUCCUGAGUCGUGAAACCAGCUGUUCCAUCAGCUGAAGCACAACUGACUGCCAGUGUGUGGUGAGGCAGCCCCUGCAAGUCUCUUCAGGUUCUAUCCCUUUAAUAAGGCCUCUGGGAACCUGAAGACUAUGGAACAGCAUCAGCAGAACUCCUCGCCACACACACCAGUUCACACUUGCUGUCAGAUCUUCCAGGCUGAAGCCAUUAGACACACUUGGAAAGGCCUGGUCAGGAGCCAUUCUUCUGUUUUCCCUCCUAGUCAGCCAUCAGUAAGAUGCAGCAGGAGCUUGACCCUGAACCUCUUAUGUAACCCAGGAGCCAGGAUACUACUGCUUAAGUACCCCACAAAUGCAGUAUGAUUCCAUUAUAGCUGCUGGCCUCAGCUCACUGGCUAAGGAGUCUCUCUCGGCCCCUCAGAUGGCUCCAAAGAGGAGCUGAGCUCCUUCUGCACCAAGGCCAGUCCUCACCCACCUGGAUGACCAGGACGCUGACACUUUGCUUCUCUUAUCCUUUCACUCCCCUCCUCUCUUCUGCUUCUUUUCUAUGUAAGAAAAAUGUUACUGCAUUUUUAAAUGUUUAUCCCAAAUAAGCUCCCUGUAAUUCUAAAGCCAGUGAGCCACCUGGAGUUGUAAAUAGUUUGAGGAAGCUCCUGCAUGGCUGACCUUCUGUUGGUGUGUACCUCAGUUAUUUGGACUUGAGAUCCCUAACUGAAGGUGUUUUUAUAGGAGAAAUGCAUGCUGCUCUUUGGCUUUUCCUGUCCAACUUUUCUAGAGAUAACUGCCUCCAAUAGGCUUUGUGGACACUGUAAAUUAGCCAUGUAAAGCACAGAACAUUCUUUUACAGCUUGCUCUCCCCUCCCUCGUCACGAGAGUGCCACUGUAAUGCCUCAACUGCUCUGCCCUGCUGUCCCACAGUUAUGGAGAAAGUUUUUGUAGGAAGUACAGCCUGGCAUGAAGAGGAA